UUUGUUGAAGGGAGCAGCCAGUGCACGGGUGAGUGAGUGAGUAAGGGAGUGAGAGAGAGAGCAAAAAAGGGGGGCUAAACAUGGAUACGAGUUUAGGCGACAGUUGUAAACUAGUCCUGACACCGAAGUGACGACCCACCAGCUCCUAACUGGCCACUAACUGGAGGUUAUUAUGCCCAGCGCAAACGUGUCCGUGCGAAGUUUGUCCGAAGUCGAGAAAUACCUCAGCAGCAGCACCAGCAGCAGCCGGAUGGACCGGAGUAGAGAGAGCAGUUUUAUAGGCCUCCCGCUGUCAAUGCGCCGGGGUUCUUCAGAGAAUAAUUUGGAUCUGGAGCUCAGUGAUGGAAGUCCCUAUGCUGCUGUCGGCUUUGAGGUCCAGCGUAGUCGCUCGUGCUUGGACAGCCUCCAGCAAAAGAUACUGAAAGUCACAGAACAGAUAAAGAUCGAGCAAACGACACGAGAUGAGAAUUUAGCUGAGUAUCUGAAGCUCAUGGACAGUGCGGACAAGCAGCAGGUGGGGCGCAUCAAGCAGGUGUUUGAGAAAAAGAACCAGAAGUCAGCUCAGAACAUUGCCCAGAUGCAAAAGAAGCUGGAACAGUACCAUCGAAAGAUGAAAGACAGUGAAAACUAUCAAAGCCCUCCCGCUCGCUCUUCCUCUGUUAAACACAGCACCAUACCCCGGGAGUCACCCAGACAGCUGAGGGACAUGACAAGCAGUGGCCGACACCCGACCAUGGACAAGAUAAAAACCAUUGGACCAGGUGUUUCGCUGUCUCCUCCUUUCUUCUUCAGCAAGCCCAGAGAGUUCGCCAACCUCAUCAGGAACAAGUUUGGCAGCGCUGAUAACAUUGCCCACCUCAAAACCACUCUGGACUCUUCUUCUCCACUGUCCACUGACACUGAAGUGAAGGGACUGAGUAACAGCACCUCUAUAGUGGGCAAACCCAAGUAUCCCAGUGAUGACGAGUGCUCCUCAGGCAGCGCUUCUGUUUCAGACAAUAAUGGAAACCCAGCAGGGGCAGGAGCGUCUGCAGGGCCGUGUCAGAGCCAAGCUAAGGGGGAUCAAACAGGGGAAGACAACCAGGGCAGACUUGCCCUGACCCUGGAGGAGGUGAGGGAGAUUAAAGAUGCCCAGAAUCAGCUGGAGGAGGAUAUAGAGGAGUUAAAGGCACAGUUCGAGAGAGAGUAUGGCAUUAUCAGCCAAUCACUGCAGGAUGAGAGAUACAGGUAUGAGCGUUUGGAAGACCAGCUGAAUGACCUGUCAGAACUUCACCAGAAUGAGAUGGCAAAUCUGAAGCAGGAGCUGGCCAGCAUUGAGGAGAGGGUGGCCUACCAGGCUCACGAAAGGGCCAGGGACAUACAGGAAGCCCUGGAGUCGUGUCAGACUCGCGUGUCCAAGCUGGAGCUCCAGCAGCAGCAGCAGCAGCAGACGGUCCAACUCGAGAGCCACGACGCCCGAGUCCUGCUGGGGAAGAGCAUCAACGUCAUGGUGGCCAUCAUCACCGUCAUCCUGGUGUGCGUCUCCACUGCUGCCAAGUUUGCCGCUCCACUGAUGAGGAGCCGGUAUCAUGUGGUAGCUACCUGCCUGGGGAUUUGUUUUUUGACUGUAUUUUGGAAGAACUGGGACCGUUUACAGUAUGCCUUAGACAGGUUAUUGAUGCCUGCUUAGUAGGAAAGAAAACACACUGAAAAUACCAUUAACACAGAUGCUGUAAGUUGUCAGGAGAGGACGGUCUGAGAGGAUUGGUUGUACAAUCGUCAGAAGACGUAGUCGCCAUGCAAUUACACAGAUCUCUCUUUUUUUAGUCAGACUGAAAUAAAACUCUUUUGAUUUUUUUCUCCUCUAGAACUUGAAUGUGUGUUACUAACUAUUUCAUAUAACAUUCAAAUUAUAUUUACAUAACAGCAAACUCUGCUAGUCAAUAGUCAAGAGGGGGGAGGAAAAGUGAUGUUUUACUAUUGAGUUACUGUUUUAGGUAAAUAAUCCAUAAAUAAGAUAAAGAUGUGCAAUUAUUCUUUCUCGUUUGUCUUCAGCUUGACUUUAACAUAAAUCAAACUACACUCAAAAACUCAAACAAGACCUCGGUUGUCGUGUCUUGUUGUCCACGCCUAUGAAUUUCUAAUUCCACUGGAGAGGAACGCUUCCAUAUUUAGGAAUAUUUGCAUUUAUUUGAUAUUCUGAUUGCUAAAUAUGUGCUAGCAGACAUUUCGUUUACACAAAACAUAAACUGUUAUAUGGUUUUUAAGAGGUUUUGCUGCUGGUAGGUAGACUUUGCAAAGCUGUUCCUCAGUGUCCUCAGGCUUAGUUUUAAGGUACAUUAACAGGUUGCAUGAGAAUGAAUGACCAUAUUUUUCUAAUUGUGAAAGUAAUUGUUUCACUGGAGAAUCUGCAGACAAAAAUUAGCGACACUGGACAUCCUAUUUUUAUGCAUUCUCUUUCUUCUUACUUUUUUUUAAAACGUUGUCUGGCCUUGUUCUAAAGUGCAAUAUAUUUGAUUUCCAAGAGCACAGUUUGUUUUUAACAAUUAUUCUUUUAGGAGUGGGCGUUUUUACAUCAGUGACAGGGAGCUGGAAGGAAGGAAAACAACACUAAUGUUAGCACGAGAGAUCCAUAACCACGGAAGUCACUGCUGAGCUCUGACAAGACCAGCUGUCUCUUCUCUCAAGGGCCAAAAAAAAUCAAUCCAUCUGCAUUAGCGCAUGCUAGUAGUGUAAUAUCAGCACACACCAGCUCUCUAGCAUAGACACACAGCACAGUCGCUCACUUGGUUCACUGUAUAUACAGUAAAUAAUGUCUUAGGCUUUUUGUUUUCCCUACUUCCACUUUCAUGUUGGACUUUUACUAAUAAUGUGACAGAGAGAUGAUGGGGUAUACUGUGAUACAAUGCCUUUUUCUGAGGAAAAAUGCAAUUCCCUUCUUAAAAGAGCAAAAAACAAAACAAAAAAAGCCUUCACUACUCGCAGCAGAGAGGAUGCAGGCGAAAAGCUCUCAGUGAAAAACUACAAGCCUAUAUAUUUUUGUCUCUUGGACUUACAGUUGUGUUAUUUCAUUUUGUCUUGUAAACGUUGCCUACAAGAAUUCCACAUGAAGCCGUGGACCACUUUUAAUGUCUGUCUGCCACAAUAAUCAGCUUUGCGUUUAUAUUUGUCGUCAUCUUUCUGUUUUAUUGACUGUAUGAUUUUUUUGUUUUGUUUUGUUUAUUUGUUUGUUCCCGUUUUGACAUGUUUAAAGGAAGUUUUACAAGCAGAACUAAAAUCUGGUUUACAUGCUGUUUUCAUCUCUGGUGCACUAUCUGAUCAAUCAGUUGUAUUUUUAUGCAUCAUGUGCCUUCGUCUAACCAUUUCUGUUAAAUUAAACCUUUUUAAAUCAACUUGUUGAUGGAAUUGGUGUUGAGUGACUGUGAUAUUUUUGUUGUAUUUGGUGUCAUUCUGUAAAUGUGGACUGCUGUUAUAAAGCAACAAAGUUCGGUAAAACGCCAUCUGAGUAAGAUAUUUAUAUCAGCGGAAAAGUAUCAGUGUAGUCCUUGUUAAUAAUACUGAUUUUUAUUUCUCAUUAUCUUAUUUUCUUAUGGGAUAAAUAAACCUAAUUCAAGCAGUCCAAGUAUUUGCAAGCCUCUUCUACUAAACACUAUCUCCUUCAUCACCACUAGGGGGUGGUAGUGCUGCACUUUUGACAUGAACGUAGGCAAGAACGGGGCAGAGCAUUAUACAGUCUGCAUGGCAGUACUAUACACGUUUAUUCUUUUUUCUUUAAUCUAAAUGAUAGAUUCAGUCAAAAAGAAAAAGAAAGAAAAAAGCCAUCACUUCAAACAAAUAUAUAAACUACAAAGAUUCAUUGAAACAGUAAUAUUCAAACCAGUGUGGAGAAGUAGUGCCCUGUUCUGAAAUUUACAGUUUACCCUGUACAAUCACACUUCAUUAGGUACACUGGGUUAACACCAGGUUGUCCCUUCUUUUGGGUUAAUUCUUUGGAAACAUUCCCAGAGAUUGUGGUUCAUAUUGUAAUCACGGCAUCACACAACUGAUGCAGUUAUUCCUGCAUCCAAAUCUCCUGUUCCACCACAUCCCAAUGAUGGUCUAUUGAAUUGGGAUCUGCUGACUGUGGAGGCCAUUUGAGUACAGUGAGAUGCUUCUCCAUAAAUGAGCGGUGUGACUCCCAUCCGUGUGGAUUUUAGCACCCAUGGGGCUGAUGAUCAUAGAUGCCUUCAGUUUAAUGAAUGAGCACAUUACAGCGAUAUCAAUCAGGCCCGAUAGAAAAUCACAUCACUGUAAAGCUACAAUACCUCUGAAAUAUUCUUUCCAACCAGAUUUUGUUUAUUCACUUAACUUUGAAUGAACAUGAAGCUCUGUGGAAGUCAUCCAGAUGAUUUUGUCUCCUGCCACAUCAUCACAGUGAAUGAUCAUCAAAGUAUUAUUUUUUUUGAUAAAGUCUAAUGUGACUCUUAUUUUUUUGUGAAAAUGUAAGUGCUCUUUGCUUGGCUGGAUGGUCUGAGAGAGAUUUUCUUUGCUACAGAAAGAAAUCUGUGAUUAUCCACCAUUGUUCAGCAGACCGGGGCUUUUAAUCCUGUCAAACCAACCAAUGCAUUUUCUGUUUUUUUUCCCAGAACCAAAAACUGUUAAUUAGCCUACUUCUAAUGUUCCUGCUCUCCUCAGGACCUUUUUGUUUUUUUUAAUUCAACCUGUUUAAUAAAAAUACAAAUGAUUUCUUCAGUAGUCAAUGACACAUUAUUUUUUUCAGCACCUCAAAUUAAAGAUGAAAGUGCACUUGACUGAUUUGUUUAAAUUCUACUGUGCUGGAACAGAGAGACAAAAUCGCAAUUUUCUCACUGUCCAAACAUUUCCGGACCUAAUGGUAAAGUGUAAAUUAAAACCUUGUGAUAACACUUACUUACCAUGACAACUCACCGAGCAGCUGAAAAUUAGGCUAAGCAAAUAAAAUGUAGCUCGCAAUGUCCUCUUCCUGAGAUGUCAUGGACAAGGAAGGAGGAAAAAGGCAUUUGAAAGGACCCCCCCGUGCCCCCACAUAUCACUGAAAAGUCUCCAGGAAGUGUUGAGUGGUGCUCUGUUAAACAUUGCAACUUUAUAGGACAAACACAUUCUAUAUAUGGAUGAAUCAUCAACAAUCCCUGCGACCUCGUCAACAAUCUGACGUCUGCAAAGCAACAGCUGAUUAAGCCAGACUCAUUUAGAAAAAGAAGUGGAGUGGACUGAUGAAGUUAACAUUAAGCUCGCUGGGCACAAUCACGAAAGGUGUGUUUGAGUGAAACGGGAAAAGCGCCUGA